AAAGCCCAUUGGACGGACGCGCCUGUGAGAGCGCCAAUGGGAAGCGGCGCAGCGGAAGAGCCCGCCUCCUAGGACACGUUGCCUGGGGAGAAGUUACACGGGGCUGCGCUUCUGGUGUGCGACUACGGGACUACAUCACUGAGUGGGACUACGUACAUCACCAGUGUGUAGGACCGUAGGAGUACAGCGCUGCAUCACCUCAUUGUGUAGGACUGCGGUGCUGGAGGACUGCAUAUACACCACUGUGCCGGACUUCAGGACCGCGUAGAUGAGCGCGUAGGACUGCAGCAGCGCAUCCGAUCCGUUCGGCUCGCACUCCACUCCACGCGGGGUCCCGGAACAAAGGAGCGCCGUCCGCCCCUUUCUGGUGAGUGAUGCUCGCUGGUGUGUAGGACCUGCACGUGAGGAUGUCCGCUUCAGAUUGCGACGGUUCCCUCGACUGGCUGUCCACGGGCCGCGAGGACGGAGGCAGUUUGUCGGAUCUGGGCCGCGAGCGAGCGGCCCCAGGAAGGACGUUUCCCUCGCCGCGCCGCCGGCCUCGCGAAGGCCGCGGCGGCAGGGAGCUGAAGGAGGAGGGCGACGGCGCCCCUUCCAGUAGCACCGAGCCCUCCGCCAGAGAGGGCGACGGCAUUCUCUCCUCGGGGCCGCGAGAGCGGUCGGCGCCCGCGUGGCCCUCCCUCUCGCCCGCCGUCGCGGGAGAGAAGUGCGGACAGGCCCGCAAGCGGCAGCGCGGCACGACGACGCUGCUCCGCAGCACGCAGGAGUGGACGGACGACAGGGACGAGCUGUUUGCUCGCAAGUGCUCCCAGCUGCAGUGCUACAUUCCCCCGCUGUCUUCGAUCUUGAACGGCCUGCGGUCCGGGAGGUACAGAGAGCGUCUCAGCACUUUCCAGGAGAGUGUCGCUAUGGACAGGAUCCAAAGAAUAAUGGGCGUUCUUCAGAACCGGUGCACAGGAGAGAGAUACGUCAGCAUCGUUCUGAAAGUGGAGGAGAUGCUGAAGAACUGGUUCCCGGACAUAAGGCCCAGAGAGGAGGGGGUUGUGGAGCAGGACGGGAUGACGCCUUCAAAGAAACUAAAGCCCAGUGCCGCAACUGAACCGGUUGCGGUGGCGAACCCAGUGCCUCCCGGUGCUUUCCCUCCCAGCACCGCUGAGACGGUGCUGCCGGGCGCCUACUCGGCCACGCACACCAAGUGGCUGCACACGUCCCCCAUAUGCUCGCCCACGGUGGAGCUCACGCUGGGACGACUGGCGCCGUGCGACAAGGAUGCGACGCAAGACAGCGCCGUCUCGUCCAGCACUGAUGCCAAGCCCGCCGCUCCGGCCGCCCGCCCGCCCCUCGGCAAGAUCAACGCCCCCUGUUUGGAGAGGCUGCUGAAGUCCACCGAGAGCAUCAUCACGUGUAGAUCCUCGGGGGGCGCCAGUGACGGCAGCCAGUCGUAAUACAGAGGGACUGAUUGAUUGUAUUGGGAGGGUGGAUGCGGCAACAGCAUUGCACUGCCCGUCGAAGGCUGGAGUCGAGCGGUUCUGGAAAGCCUUUUUGGCAGUUAGGAAACGGCGUACUGUCAUCUGUGCGUUAGAGAGUCAUAGAAAUUAUUUGGUUAAAUUCAGAAAAGGAUGAACAUGUAUGCCUAUUAUCAUGUCUACAUUACUUCCUUUAGCAGUUGCUUUGAUUUGCUCCUACUUUGGACCUUUUGUGUUUGAGUGGAUAUGAGUCUUUUACCCUGAGUUGUGUGGUAAAAUGUCUCCUUUGGAGUUAUGAGAUUUACCACCAUUUUGGGUACCAUUGACAUGAGUUCUGAUAUAUGUAAUAAUAUAGAUAAGGGAAUGGAACGCAGUUUCUUGGGGAACACUUAAAUUAUUCAGACAUGAACGUCAAGGAUAUCCUUCUAGAUGUGUAAAUGUGUCGAAUGCAUUUCUGAAAAUCUCUUAAGAGUUUGAAUGAUGUGACUGUUACUUCAUGAUUUUUUUUUUUGUUUUAAGUUGAUGCAACGCUUCUACCUCAGGCUGAUACCAGGUUAAGGAUAAACACAAAAAUGCGAGCGUCUCAGAGAAGCCCGUGGUGAGCCAAACUACUUGUCUCGUGGAGGUUGUCAGAGUCCUUCUGCUCGUUUGAACUAGAUGAUCCCACUGCGGUGAUUCUUGAAUCUUGACUGGUGUCAUCAAAAUGAAUGUGAACUACAGAUUUCUUUUGUAUUUAUUUUUCUCCCUUGGUGGAAGGCAGACAGUGCCUAUCAACUGUGCCUGUAAGCUGGUUAGAUCCCCGAUCAUCACAUAAAACACAUAACCCUCUGAGCGACUAUCAAGGAAUUCAAACUCCUGCCAUUUCCUCUAUGGAGUAAAUUAUUAAACCCUAGCCAACUGCAUUCUGUGGUCAAGUCCAAGUUUCCGUCAGCUGAGCUGGAAAAUAUCUUAAGAUAGGCAGAGGGGAUAUUAUCUUUGUGUAUAUUUUGAAUAAUGUUAAUUUACCCUAUGAAGUGGCCUUUUAUUUUAUACUUUGGAAAUAAAUGUGGUUAUACUG